GUCUGAGUGAUUCCUCCUCGGAAGGAUUAAGGUCCUGCGGAGGCGUUGGAACACCCUUGGGCACAACUGGUGCAAGGCAGGCUCCAUGACAGGUCCAACUGUGCUGCAGAGAUGAGGGCCUUGAGCCGCUGUAAAGCUGAAGACGAGCGGGGCCAUCAGAGCGUCGUAAACGGGCCGAACACCUGCCUGACUGGGGGUGGGGGUCACGGUGUGUCACUUCAUUAGUCGUGCAGUGCAGCGAGGGCCACCGCAAUCAGGGCCUUUAAGUCACGUAAUCCCGUGGGAGGAUGAAGAGGAUGCUCCUCGUAAUGUCCACUGUCAGAUGAAGGUUGUAAAAAGGUCUGAUGGCUUUCACUCUCUCAGAGACGGCUGGAAAUGGUGAUGGAGGGGAGGACCGGAAACACAAAAUGACAACAGUGUGUGUGUGUGUGUGUGUGUGUGGGAUGGGCCAAGGGCCAGCUACAGGAGGAGAGGGGGGGAUGCUCAGCAUUGAUGGACUGCAAGGUGGAUGCUAUAUAAUGCAAGACAGAAGCAAGCCCUGGAUCAAUGACCGGCUGCUGCUCUCAGAAGACGUGAAACCAAAGAGACAGAACAAAAGCAACCCAGGACCCAAACAGCUGCAGCGGCUCCUGAGCAUCCUGAAGAGACAAGUCACUGAGGCAUCCAGGAUGAAGGCUCUGGUGAUUCUGCCCCUGCUCCUGUGUGCGGUGGUGUGCACCGUCCAGGUGAGAGCGGAGGUGAAGGCGGUGAAGCUGUGUGGUCGAGAGUUCCUGAGAGCCGUGGUCUACACCUGCGGAGGCUCCCGCUGGAGGAGACUCCUCACCGAGUCAGACGUGGACGCUCUGCCGACAGGGGAACAGAGCAGCCUGGAGACCCUGAGCAGCAGCAGCAGCUCCUCGGCCGCUGCGCUGACCAGACGAGACAUGAAUAACAUACUGACCACCGUGUGCUGCCAGAUGGGCUGCAGGAAGAGUGACCUGACCUUCCUCUGCUGAGGGCGACUCCCUCUCCUCUGCUUCACUCACUCUCCAACUGACCAAAGUGACUGUUUUCAUCUCGCCUGCCAAAUCUGAAUCGAUUUAAAACCAAUCUGAUCGCCGUCUUGUUCGUAAAAAGUAACGCUCGCAUCCACAUUUGCUGCUUUUCAAAUUGCUUUGGAUAUUUUUUGUGGGUUUUGAUUGAUUAGUUUGACCUGUGUAGACUGUAGAUGUGACUCGAGGAUCUGGAAAACAUGUUUCUGAAAACAUAUGCAUAGAGUGAAAUUAAGAAAAAGAACAUAGUUGGAGUAAAUGCACUCAGGGCUGAUAUUACUGAUUCUAAACUGCAGGAGUUUAUCACCUCCCACUCAGAUUCUCCAGGCUCCUGUGCUGUUUGUAGUGAGUAACCAGCAGGUUUGUAAAAAUGU